GCUUGGCUCUCUCAUUCCUUACAAGCUCUUGCUCUGCUCAUUCAAGCUGGUCUAGUGUGGAUUAUAGUACAUUCCAUUCCUGCUUCUGAUAUACGAGGAAUUUUAGUGAUUAUUACCUGUUCUCACGUAUAGAUCCCACUUCAUCUCUACAGGGCGGAAGACUAGUUAAUAUUGUUCCUUUCUCGUUUUUUUUUUCUCCAUCCAGCCAGAAGUAAAAGCGAAUGGGGAUUGAACUGAUUUGUCUCUUAGCAUUCUUUCUGCAUGGGAAAAAUCAUGUACAAGGCUCUUGUUCUCUGGGAAGUGCAAUGACUUGUGAAGACUGCCUGAAAUCCGGACCAGACUGUGCUUGGUGUUCCCAAAAGAACUUUACAGAUUAUUCAGGUGUUGCUGCACGAUGUGAUACUCCUGCGGUUCUCUUCUCAAAGGGUUGUCUGCUAAGCCACAUUGAAUUCCCUGAAUCUAAAGUAGAAAUACACAGGAGUAAGCCACUUACUGAAGGAGCCCAGGAAAACAGUUUAGAUGUUACACAGAUAACCCCACAGAAGCUGGUGCUGAAACUGAGGCCAGGAAAAGAGGUAACAUUUCAAGUCCAUGUGCGUCAAAGUGAAGAUUAUCCUGUAGAUUUAUAUUACUUAAUGGACCUGUCAGCCUCCAUGAAAGAUGAUCUGAGGACCAUUCAGGUGUUGGGGUCCACGCUGUCACAAGAGAUGUCCAAGCUAACCAGCAACUUUCGCCUUGGCUUCGGGACAUUUGUAGAGAAGCCAGUUUCACCGUAUAUUAAAACCGUUCCGAAAGAAGUGGAAAACCCUUGCCAUCCAUAUGUAGUUUGUUUGCCAACCUUUGGAUACAAGCAUGUUUUGUCCCUGACCCAUAAUACGACAGAUUUUAAUGAUAUUGUGAAGAAACAGACAAUUUCAGCAAAUAUCGACACUCCAGAGGGGGGAUUUGAUGCAAUCAUGCAAGCAACUGUCUGCAAAGACAGAAUUGGAUGGAGGAACAGAUCGAUGCAUUUGCUAGUGUUUGUGGCAGAUGCCGAUUCCCACUAUGGUAUGGACAGUAAACUGGCUGGUAUUGUGAUACCCAAUGAUUGUCAGUGUCACCUAGACAGCAAUAAUGAAUACUACAUGUCAACUGUCCAGGAAUAUCCAUCUCUUGGUCAGCUGAUUGAGAAGCUUGUGGAGAAUAAUAUUCUGCUUAUUUUUGCUGUUACCGAAAAACAAGUUCCUCUGUAUCAGAAUUACACCAAGCUCAUACCUGGAGCCACAGUUGGACUGCUGCAAGAAGACUCCAGAAACAUAUUACAGCUGAUUUUAACUGCAUACAAAGAACUGAGGUCGGAAAUUGAGCUUGAAGUAUCAGGAGACACAGACGGACUUAACCUCUUCUUCACCGCGCACUGUAACAACGAAACAUCCAUCUCAAACAGCAGGCGGUGCCAGCAAAUUAAAGUUGGGGACAGAGUUUCCUUCAGUGUGACAAUAAACUCAACUUCCUGCGCCAAACAAACACGACACAUAGCCAUAAAGCCUCUGGGUCUUCAGGAGAGCCUGGAGAUUGAGAUUCAAUCGGAGUGCUCUUGUUCAUGCAAGUCAGAAGCUGAGGAGGAGAGCCCCGAGUGCGGCCAGGGAAAUGGCUCGCUGGAGUGUGGAGUGUGUGUAUGUAAGCCAGGCUUCCUGGGAGCUCAGUGUGAAUGUAAUGAGGCCUCUCUGAACAGCAGCUCCUGCAAUGAACUGGAUGCAUGUAGUGGCCACGGGGAGUGCUUCUGCGGACAGUGCGUCUGUAAUCCAUCCAUAUAUGGACGUGUCUAUGGACCUCGCUGUGAAUGCAAUGACUUUUCCUGUGUUCGGCACAGGGGACUUAUAUGUGGAGGACAUGGAAACUGUGAAUGUGGAGAGUGCGCCUGCCACAGUGGAUGGACCGGCCCGUACUGUAACUGUACCAUAAACAUAGACCCCUGUAUAUCAGAGAGUGGAAUUAUGUGCAGUGGAAGAGGUAAAUGUGAGUGCGGAAAGUGUAUCUGCUACGGCGCAGGCGUCUCUGGCGAUACUUGUGAGAGGUGUCCAACAUGUGGCGAUCCCUGUGACUUUCAAAGACCCUGUGUAGAAUGCCAUCUGUUUUCAGAGGAGGAGAAAAGAGCAGCAUGUGCAGAAACAUGUCACCUAAUGGAUGUCACGGUCAGCAAAGAUCAAGAUUUCUCCGAGGAUAAAUCUAUUUUCUGUAGCAUGCAAGGUGAAAAUGAAUGUGCUAUUACAUUUUGGAUGGCCACGGACGAGCUCGGAAAGAAAGUCAUUUAUAACCUGCGCCAAAACGAUUGCCCUGAACCUCCAAAUAUUCCCAUGAUCCUAACGGGUGUCUCUAUCGCCAUUGUGUUAAUUGGCUUUGUGGUGUUGUGUAUAUGGAAGCUGCUGGUAUCCUUUCAUGAUCGGAAGGAAGUUGCCAAAUUUGAAGCAGAGAGGUUGAAGGCAAAAUGGCCACAGGAUACAAACCCAUUGUACAAAGACACUAUCAGUACAUUUAAAAAUGUCACCUAUGAGAAAGCAAUAAGAAGAGACGGCGCAGCGUGAGGAUAUAUUCCAGUGGCUAUGCGGAGGUAUAGAAGAUUAAUGUAUUCCAGAUUCCUGGAGUUUUCUACACAAUUCAAGGCCCUGAGCUGCGAGUUCAUUAGUUCUUGUAAAAAUUCAUGACUUUGCCAUUCAUCCGAACACAGCCCUAGGCCGAGGCAGAAUCCAUGCAUGACAGAGUGCGGAAGAAGAAAGAACUACUGAAUAAAGCGUUGAUUCGGACAAGGAUAUAACUGCAAAUAAAGGGGCCCGUAGCAAAAUAAUAAGAGCCCUCUGUGUUCUUAAAGGACUGUAAAUUAUGGUAUGUGCAUAUUGCCGUUUGUACUGUAUUUAUGCAUUGUAUUUGCACUAUUUCUACUUUGUGCUUUUGCGUCACUCUUAAGAUCAUUAAUUGCAACUAUGACCAUGGUUACGUUACACAAUGCCACAGUUGUAGAAACACAUCUGAAAAGGAACAUGUGGUAUUCAGAAGUGUUUGGGGCAAGCUAAGCUAGUAGAGAUUAUCACUACAGUGAGAUUCAGCGCACUUUUCACAGCUUUAAACUUCAUGGUGGUGGGUGCUGUAAUGACAAAACAAGGAAUGGUGCCAUUUUAUGGUAGACUAGAGUGGCAAGGCAUCACUGACAUGCCAAAUGGUGCAAAAAUAGGCACUGUAAGCUUGUGACAAUACAUCUCCUUAUUUCUCUACAUAAUUUAAUGUGUUGGUGACACCUUGCCUCUCUACGUUAACACUACAGUGACCUGCUGCAAAUUCAUCAGAAAGUUCAUGUAAUGCAACUGUAAUUCAAAACCCAGCUUCUCAGUGUGUUUACCUUUAUAAUAACACUACAAAAUAAUGAUUGGUUUACAGUGCAUGUAAACCCAAACAUAAAGAAGAACUAGGGUCAAAGCUCUGUUGGCCCUACUUCUCCUGUGGGUCACAGGGGUGCACUUAGCUGUGCACUCCUGUGAUCCAGAUUCAGCCACCAGCGGGCUUCAGCCCGCUGGUGGCUGACAUCACAGAGCCAGUCCAGGCUCUGCAGAGAUCCUGACAAUGUUGGGAUCCACCCAGUUUCUACUGCUGUCUCUGUCACAACAAAGGGAAAUUUACCCUCAGGCCUCGUACACACG